GUGUCUGGCAACACUGCAUACAACACGGACUGUUUUAAAGAGUAUUGUUAGCUUGACAUACGUCUGUGCCCACGCUUGCUUCGUCUUGCCAAAGUUACUAUUUUUCUUCUCGCCUCCUUCUUUGCAGAGUUGACAGAGAAAUGGAAAGAAGCCAAGAGUACGAAGUUCAAGGGAAGAGACAGGCAGAAGAUUGGAGAGUUCUUAGUUAUAAAGCUGAAUCGGGGAACCUUUGAACAUGCUGUAGAUGCUAUAAAUAAACAAGUCAGACACAAUACAUUUAAAGGAAGUUAGACUGUCGAUCGUCUUACUCCUCAGGAAAGCUAACAGGUACCCAUCAUGAACGAGUGCCACUAUGAAAAGAAGAUGGAAUUCUUCUACAACCACAGCAACAGCAAGACUGAGGAUGAUUGGUCGGGGGCCAGACUCAUCAUUAUUCUGGUUUUUGGUUCGAUAUUCUGUUUCUUUAUCUUCCUGUCAAAUGCAAUGGUCAUAGCAGCAGUGAUCACUAACAAGCGAUUCCACUUUCCCUUCUAUUACCUACUUGCUAAUUUAGCAGCGUCAGACUUUUUUGCCGGAAUAGCCUAUGUGUACCUUAUGUUCAACACGGGGCCCGUCUCCAAAACACUCACCGUGCACCGCUGGUUUCUGCGGCAGGGUCUACUGGACACAAGCCUGUCAGCCUCCUUAGCAAACCUGCUGGUCAUUGCGCUGGAGCGCUACAUCUCCGUCAUGAAAAUGACAUUGCACAGCAACCUCACAAAACGCAGAGUGACUGUCUUAAUUAUCAUGGUGUGGGCAGUUUCUAUUUUCCUGGCCGCUGUGCCCAGUUUGGGGUGGAAUUGCAUCUGUAGCCUUGACGACUGCUCUAUACUGGCACCCAUUUAUAGUCGGAGUUACCUGGUUUUCUGGUCAGUCUCCAACCUUUUGAUCUUUUUUAUCAUGGUGGUUGCUUACAUGAGGAUCUAUAUGUAUGUGAAGAAGAAAAUUAUCGUCCUGUCGCCUCACACCAAAGGCUCGAUAAGUCGCAAGAGAACCCCUAUCAAGCUCAUAAAGACGGUGAUGACAGUUCUAGGUGUGUUUGUAAUCUGUUGGACUCCUGGGCUGGUGAUCCUCCUGCUCGAUGGUCUACACUGCUCCAGCUGUAGGCUGCUGGAUGUGAAGCAGUGGUUCCUGCAGCUGGCCAUGCUGAACUCCAUCAUGAAUCCUGUCAUUUACUCCUACAAGGACCAAGAGAUGCGCAACACCUUCAAGAACAUGAUCAGCUGUGUGAGAAACGGAGGAAGGACUUCCAGCACCACCUCCAGAGUGCUGAGCUGCAGCAUUGAGCCCAGUCCUAGCACUGAAGAAAGCUGUAUUUCUUUUCACAAGGAGGUCAAGGCGUGAAUGCCAUACCAGGACUCAGGACCUUAUCUGUUGAUGGAUAGCAAAGGAUCCUAGACAUCAAGAAGUGCUGGCUUAUUCAAUUUAACUGUCUUUAGAAAAGCAGGAGGUUCCGGGCAUUCUCAAAACUGAUGGCUUCCAUUCUCAAAACUGAUAGCUUUCAAGCCGGUUUCUUCCUAGUGCAUUACAAUUAACAGCCAAUCAGCAAUUCAGAAUUCCCGUAUUCAUGUUUAUUACAAAACAUAUCUGAAAUUGCACCCCCCAAAUUUUUUUUUUUUAAAUUUGAUAUCAUUUUUUUAGUAUAAAAGCUCAAUGCAUUGUUUCAUUUUAGAUUUCUCUGUAUACAUUUAAGAGAAAUCAUGCGUGGUGCUGACUUUUGACACUGCAGUCUAAUAAGUCAUAGAGAUUGAAUACAUUAAAAUUAAGACUAGAACUAUUUGCCUUG